AUGGCUUCAACAUUUGAUUCGCCAGAGCAAUCAAAUCAUGUUGAUAGUCCAGAUAAUGACACAGUUCCAUUAUCACCAAUAGUGCCAUCUGACGAUGUCAUCUCGGAAGAGAAAAUUGAAGAACCAGCAGCAAUAUCAGGAUCUGAAGAAACUGAUAUUAUAACUGCAGAUACAAUCGAUGAAAUACAAGAAACAGAUACAACACAACCAAUAACUGAUUCAACGAAUAUGAAUACAGCUGAAGCUUCAUUUACUGAAGCAACAUCAGCUGAUCUACCAUUAGGAACACCACGCUCAUCUGUUGCACGAAUUUUAGUUAAACCUGGACAAAUUUUUCGCGUACAAGUUGAUAAUGAAGUCAAAGAAGUACAUGGUAAGUUAAUUUUUAAUAAUUCAAUUUAA